AUGCCUUCGAAUAAUUUGACAACAUUCAAUAGAACAAGAGAUACUUCUAUCAUUUCCCUUAUCGAUACAGGUACAACAGAUUAUUCAAAAUCAGAUUAUGCUUUCUCAAAGCAUGAUACUGAUUAUUCUCUCGUCAUUCACAAUCCUCUUGCUUCUAGCUUGGAGUUUACAAAAUUCAACAUUUUACAAUUGUACAAGUAUUUGAGUUUGGGAGUUGGAAAUAAUUAUACCACACCUGCUCUCCUUUCUGAUUAUUACUUUUGUCCAAAUUGUUUCUCCGAUUCGAGUAUUAAUUUUGCCACUGAUACAUUUACCUUACAAAUUGCAAGACCUCCCUCUGAUAAAACCGAAUAUGUCGAUGUGUUUGUGGGUAUUAACAAGAAGGCAACACCAAACGGCAAUUAUGAUUAUCAGAAAAGAUUGAUCUUUACUCAGAAGGAAUCUAACUUUACUCUCCCAAUUGAGAAUGCUAACUAUCCACAGGCAACAAUUUAUGUGGUCGUCUUGAUGAGUGGUUGUCUGAGUGAAUCAUGCACAUACUCUGUUCAAAUUUUGAGAAACUCCAAGGCAAGUACUGUCGAUCAAUCAGCACUCAUUGCAGGAAUGAUUGGUGUUGGACUUUUCAUUCUGGCUUCCAUUCUUAUCAUAGCCAUAUUGUUGAUCGUCAUGUCAUGUUUUAGAAAGAAGCAAAAGAAGGAUAAGGAGCCUUCCAAUACCUAUGCACCAGUUGUCAUGAUGGAUCACAGCGAACAACAACAAACAUUGAGCAACAAUCCAACUCUGAUUUCCAUUGAGGAAGACAUUGAAAAUCCAAAGCCACCACAACAACUUGCUCAAUCCAGUACAAGUACAUUCAAUAUGCACUCUAAUUUCGAUAAGAAGAGUCCACACAUUGAGGAUAAAAUUACCUCACUCAAAUCAAGCUUUUUACAGAGAUCUCUCCAAAUGACCUCACCACUCCAGGAAAAUACUUCAGUUAUCAAGACAAGUUUCAAGACUGCAAAUCGACCAACAGUGGUCAUACCAGAGAAGAGAGAAGAUCUGAAAAAUGUGGAUGCAAUGCCAUAUAUGACCGAUCAGAAUGAUCAUCUAAGAAGAGCCAGUGAAGUAGAAUAUGUUGCCAGUAGUAUAAUAGAGAGUUACAAGUCUCAAGCACUUGAGAAUAAUGUCAUUCGAAGGGAUUCCAUUUGUGAAGAUGGAACAGAUAAUGAUUGUUAUGAGGAUGAAGAUUAUACUCUUCAGGCAGAUCACAGACUUAAAGAUCGUUACGUGGUUGAAAAGUUAAUUGGUAGAGGUUCUUUUGCUAAUGUCUACUUGGCUCUCGAUGAGAAGAGCAAUACACAAGUAGCCAUCAAGUCAAUUAGGAUUGAGCAUUACAUUGAUGAGCAGAGAGUUGCUGCUGUUAGAGAGGAAGGUAUGAGAAUGAUUGAAUGCAAACAUCCACAUAUUAUUCAAGUUCUUGAUGUUUUCCCAAGUCCACUACUGCAAUCAGUUUGUUUUGUAAUGCAGUAUUACAAACAUGGCGAUUUAAAGUCAUUUGUGGAGAAACAUCCUGAAUUUGUCUUCUCGAAAAAGCUCAUGUUAACUCUAAUUCAACAGUUGGCUGAUGCUCUCUUCCAUUUGCAUGAAGUCAAGUUUAUUACUCAUAAUGAUUUGAAGCCAACUAAUAUAUUCCUAGAUGAAAUCAAUUUGGCGAAUGAUUGGGUUCAUGUAAUUAUUGGUGAUUUUGGAGAAUCUACCAAGCAUUCACCAAAUUCGUCCUCUAUUCAACAAUCAAAACAAACCAAUUCUCAAUUGAAUACGAAAGCUGGAUUGAGAGGAACUGAACUUUUCCUUGCUCCUGAGUUAUUGUGUGGAAAGGGAGAAUUGUCACAAGCAACAGAUAUUUGGUCAUUAGGUUGUACUCUUUAUCAAGUAUUGACUGGUGAUUUUAAAACUCAAAUUGCAUCCAUGUUGGUAAGGGAUGGUUCUGUGCAGAUUGCUUUGGAAGAAAGUGUUCAUGAAUUGCUAGAGAAGAAUUUGAAACGUUCAAAGCGACAUAAAUGCGACAAUUACACAAUUGAUAUGAUUCUCCUAAUGUUAAGGUGUCAGCCUAAUGAUAGAAUCAAAGCAAACGAGCUUAGACAUUUGUAA